AAAUAGGGGUUAUGCUCAGCCACAAACACCCUCACCUUCGCCGAGAAAGGGAAGUAGAUCACUUGCUCUUGGUCGUCGCACCUAAUCACAUCAGUCUCUCACAAAAUAUGAACACCAUCUUCGCUCGCUGUCUCGCGAGGAUCCCCUCGGGUGCGCGUAGCCUUCAUGCUGGCGCCGCAAAGAAGUCCGUGCCUGCACCACGAGGCGAUAUCCAGGACCCAGCAGCAUUUUUGAACAAGAUUGGCCGUAAUUCUGCUCAAUUUGCCGAUAAGUUCAAAUCCUGGGACCAUCUCUUCACAGUAACGAGUGCCGAGAUGAAGUCGAACAUGGCUCUUUCCGUCAAGCAGAGGCGUUGGGUCUUGAACUGGAGGGAAAAGUAUCGUCAAGGAGCAGAUCUAUAUGUCAUCCCCGUCAAACCCCCGAAGAAGAAGACCAAGUAGAUCAGCUUACAUUCAAUCCAGUCAAGUCAAUUCAACAUCAAUAUCGCAUUUCAUUUUUAUUCGCAAUUCGAAUGUGAAUCUGUGGCAAUACCUGGCGCUGGACC